UCACUGCUUUUUCUCAUUUCCAUUUCCUCUUACCUCUUAAUACCUCUAAAAAGGAAUGGAAGGCAUCAAUGGUUGGUUGUCCUUCCCCUUAUAUGAAAGCUUCAACCAUGAUUUCGCCAUCAGAAGGUUUUGCCCGGCAAGAGUUGAGCUAGAGCAAGUAGAGUUGGAGGAGGCAAUGAAUUAUGAGGUUGAAUCAUUUUCUCCAGAUGAUGGAACUAGCACACCCCACUUGGCUGCUUCGGAGGUAGAUGACUUUGUUGAUAGUUUCAUUAACAUGGAUGAUGAUGGUGAUGAUAAAGAUGAUCAUAACUCCAGGAAGCAGCAAAUUUUCCAUCUUCAGGAUGAAAUCGAAGCAUUUUCGGUGGUAAAUGAUGAUUUUGGAGAUGCAUCGAUGAUGAUUGAAGGAGAUGAAUUGGAGAUGUGUGGCUCAUGUGAAGAUUUUGGAGUACAUGAAAUGGUGCCUAGUGUAGAGGAGGCGAGCCAUGGCGUAGACCAAGGGCUCCACUUGGUGCAUUUGUUACUGGCAUGCGCUGAGGCGGUAGGCUGCCGUGACAUACAGCUUGCAACCUCUAUGCUCGGCCAAAUUUGGGCUUCGGCUACUCCGUGGGGUGAUUCACUGCAAAGGGUUUCGUAUUGCUUUGCGACAGGAUUGAAGUCUAGACUAUCACUUCUUCAAAAUGUCAAUGGAAAUGGCACAAUCGCAAACUGUGCAUUUGAUGCGCCAUUGAUAGCUAGGGAGGAGAAAAUGGAGGCUUUUCAACUACUUUACCAAGCAACUCCUUACAUUGCAUUUGGUUUCAUGGCUGCAAAUGAGGCUAUAUGUCAAGCAGCACAAGGGAAGGAUUCAUUGCACAUCAUUGAUCUAGGAAUGGAACAUACCCUUCAAUGGCCAUCCCUGAUAAGAACUCUAGCAUCAAGGCCUGAAGGUCCCCCAACUCUCCGAAUCACAGCAUUAACCAGUGAUCAAGAUCUGUUAGAGCUUGAAGCUGGCAUGAAGUCCCUCGUCCAGGAUGCUCUCUCCCUUGGCAUAGCACUGGAGUUCCACAUGAUAGCAGAGACAGUUACACCAUCUCUUUUGACCAGAGAGAAUCUCAACUUAAGAGAAAGGGAAGCAUUAUUCAUCAAUAGUGUUAUGCACUUGCACAAAUAUGUGAAAGAGAGUAGAGGAUCUCUCAAAGCAAUCCUCCAAGCAAUCAGGAAACUAGGUCCAGCUUUGCUUACAAUGGUGGAACAAGAUGCAAACCACAAUGGACCAUUCUUUCUUGGGAGGUUCCUUGAAUCUCUUCACUACUAUUCAGCCAUUUUUGAUUCCCUCGAGGCCAGUCUACCCAGAAAUAGUCCUCAAAGGACGAAGAUAGAGAGGCUUCACUUUGCAGAAGAAAUUAGAAACAUUGUAGCAUAUGAAGGGUCAGAUAGAACUGAAAGGCAUGAAAGAGCAGAUCAAUGGAGAAGACAACUAGGCAGAGCUGGGUUUCAAGUAAUGGGGUUGAAGUGUUUGAGUCAAGCAAGGAUGAUGCUUUCUGUUUAUGGCUGUGAUGGUUACACUCUUGCCAGUGAGAGGGGCUUCCUCCUCCUUGGAUGGAAAGGGAGGCCUAUAAUGCUGGCAUCAGCUUGGCAAUUGCACAAUGCUUCAUCCUCCUAGCUGAUUCUUAUACUUCCAAAUGUCAGAAUCUUUCUCACAACAUCACAUUAUUUCAAGAAGCAAAACGGUUAGCAUUUUCUUAAGCAAGAGCACUGCAAAAUAAUUACUCCUACCAUAUGAUCCCUGAACUUGAAUAUGGGUCUUCAAGGUUUAUCCAGCUAGAAAGGAAUAAAAAAA